CUGCCGCACAGUCCACUGGAACCUCAUCGUACGCACUUCAAGAAAGCGUGCUGGUUGUCUGAAGACACCCAACAUGGAGAUGCCGGAGGGAAUUGUUAUGGGAUUUGGUAAUCCCCUGCUAGACAUUACCUGCCACAUCGAGGACAAUACGCUCUUAGAGAAAUACGGGCUGGAAGCGAAUGCUGCCAUUAUUGCUGAUGAAAAGCACGAUGCCCUGUUCGACGAGCUUAUGAAUAUGGAAAGCGUGAUCUACUCGGCCGGAGGAGCUUGUCAGAACACAAUGCGUAUCUUUCAGUGGAUUGUCCAGACUCCCUUUAGAGCAGUUUUUACGGGAGCCGUGGGCAAGGAUAAGUUGGGCGAUCGAAUCACCAAAAGAGCCAGAGCUGACGGUCUUCAAACGCUUUACCAGCUAAAAGAGGAACUGCCGACAGGUUCCUGUGCUGUACUUAUAAGCGGUUCAAACCGUUCCUUGGUAGCUAAUUUGGGGGCGGCCUCUCUGUUCACCGAAGACUGGAUGGACGAUGAAGAGAAUGUCUGCGCAGUAGAGCGGGCACAAUACUUUUACUUCACCGGCUUCUUCCUGGCCGUUUGUCCGUCCGUUGUGCAGAUAGUGGCAAAAAUGUGCGCCGAGUCGAACCGACUAAUGAUCCUCAACUUUAGCGCUGUCUUUGUACUUGCCAUGCAACGCGAAGCUCUGGAUAGCAUCAUCAAGUACGUGGACAUCAUCAUUUGCAAUAAGGAGGAAGCUAUUGCAUUUGCUGAUGCCUACGACUGGAAGACAAAGAACAUUUUCGAGAUCGGGCCGCGGCUGCAGUGCUUGCCAAAGGAAAAUAUCCGGCCCAGGAUUGUCUUGGUUACGGAUGCGGUGUGUCCGGUACUUUGUUUCCAGGAGAACGAGCGAAUAUUGGAAUACCCAGUACCCAAGGUGGAAAAGGGCAAAGUUUUCGACACCAAUGGCUGCGGAGACGCCUUUGUGGGAGGCUUUUUGGCCAUGUUCGUUCAGCAUAUGCCCCUGGACUACUGCAUCCGUACAGGCAUUUUUGCUUCACAACAGGUGUUGAACAUAGUCGGAGUCCAGGUGGAGCAGUUACCCAAGUUUAGCGAAAAGUGCAUCUAAAUUAAGCUCAUUUAGUGGACACAGUUUCCUGCAAUGACUCUCAAUAAAUUUUCAGUGUUUAUCCGACCUAAACAAA